AUGGCCGCCUCCUCUCAGCUGGAAGAACUGUUGCUGGCAGAAUGGGUGGAUCAUCGGCAUUUUGAGGAGAUAGACUCUACGCAGAGCUUCAUUGAGAGAGAGCAUGAGUCCUUCAACCAGGAGAAGCUCACGGCGAUCAGUGCGGAUUAUCAAUCUGCUGGACGAGGGACGCAAGAUCGAUCCUGGCAUGCUGCGAAGGCCCAAAGCAUCAUUGUCAGUUUUUUCUUUCGAUUUCCAGCGCGCUGCGACAACGAUUUCGUCAAUUCCAAUGCACCAAACGUCACCAAAGUCCUGGCAGUGGCUGCAGUGGAUACGCUCCAUUGGGCUACGGAUCAGAAGUUUGGGAUCAAAUGGCCCAAUGACAUCGUCUGCUCCGGUUGCAAGGUGGGUGGCAUCUUGGCACGUGCUGUACCCUUCAAUGGGCGCUUGGAGGGUAUCAUUGUGGGCAUUGGCAUCAAUGUGAACACCAGCAAAGAGGAGUUGGAUCGGAUCUCCAGGCCUGUGUGGCCGGCGGGUUCCCUACUGACCCUCUGGCAGCGUCCUUUCGAUGUAGCGACGUUGCGGCAGAAGCUGAUGGGAACCUUUGCUGUGGAGCUCAAGAGGUUCUUCGCUGGCGGUUUCGCCAUCUUCCGGGAACGAGUGAACGAACUGGAAGUGCUGAUGGGCACCAAGGUCUGGUUUCGAGCACACGAGGCAGAUGAGUUUGAAGGUGUCUUCGAAGGCAUUCAGGACGGCGGCCGAGUUGUGCAACGGAACGGUGUUGUUUUUUUUUGUGGGAAGGCAGUGGCAGUGGUCAUGUUUCGACUGUGGGCCGUGUUGGCCUUGCUGGCUGCAGGCUGCAACAGCUUCGCGCGAGCCGAAGAGGCUGAGGGCGAGGCCGAGAAGGUUGUGGACGGUUUCAGUGAUGGAGACCGGGCCAAGAUGGCUGAAUCUUCCGAGAAACACGAGUUCCAAGCGGAGGUGAAUCGUUUGAUGGACAUCAUCAUCAACUCUCUGUACACUGACAAGCAGGUCUUCUUGCGAGAGUUGAUCUCCAAUGCAGCAGAUGCUUUGGAGAAGGCUCGCUUCCACAGUGUGCAGGAUGAGACCUUCCUGGGAGACACUAAGGAUCUUGAGGUCAAGAUUGAGCAUGAUGCUGAUGCGAAGACCAUUUCCAUCAUUGACACCGGCAUUGGAAUGUCCAAGGCUGACUUGAUCAAUAACCUUGGCACAGUGGCAAAGUCCGGUACCACCAACUUCUUGGAAGCAAUGGCUGAGGGUGGAGAUGCCAACUUGAUUGGUCAGUUCGGCGUCGGCUUCUACAGUGCCUUCUUGGUUGCAGACAAAGUCUCCGUGACUUCCAAAUGCAACGAUGACCCCGUGCAGCAUGUUUGGGAGUCUUCGGCUGAUGCCUCCUUCACUGUUGUGGAUGACCCAAGAGGCAACACCUUGGGCCGAGGCACUCGCGUGACUCUUCAUCUCAAGGAGGAUGCCCACGACUACUUGUCGGAGGACAAGCUGAAGGAGAGUGCCAAGAAGUACUCUCAGUUCAUCCAGUUUCCCAUCUACGUCAAGGUGAAGAAGGAGGUUGACGUUGAGGCUGAAGAAGACGAUGAUGAUGACAAGGAAGAUGAGGAUGAAGAGCAAAAGGAUGAUGUGGAGACCAAGGAUGAAGAGGAGAAAGAUGAGGAAGACAAGAAACCAAAGAAGAAGACCGUCUUCGAAUGGGAGCAGGUGAACACGCAGAAGGCCAUCUGGCUCCGAGCCAAGGAGGAUGUGACCGAGGAAGAGUACAAUGAAUUCUACAAGAGCAUCUCCAAGGACUACUUGGACCCUUUGGCAUACACACACUUCAAUGCGGAGGGCGAGAUCGAGUUCAAAUCGAUUCUGUUCUUGCCCAAGAAGGCUCCAUUUGACAUGAUGGACAACUACUGGACCAAGAAGUCCGAAGUGAAGCUCUUUGUCCGCCGAGUCUUGGAGGCUGGUGUGAAGGUUGAAAAGGUGGAAGUCUCCAAGAGGCUCACAGAAUCUCCAGUUGUGGUGGUGACUUCCCAGUUCGGCUACUCUGCCCAGCAGGAGAAGGUCAUGAAGUCGCAGGCUUUCCAGAACAAGGAGCAGCUGUCCAUGAUGGCUGGCCGAAAGACAUUGGAGAUCAACGCAAAUCACCCUGUGAUCAUCGAUCUGCUUGCCAAGGUGAAGGCAAGUGAAAGCGAUGAGGCAGCCAGCAAGACAGCCGAAGUGCUCUUCCAGACAGCCCUGAUUGAGUCUGGCUUUGAGAUUGCAGAUCCAUCAUCUUUGGUGAGCCAUGUGUACAAGCUCAUGUCCAAAGAGCUUGGUGUGAAUCCAGAUGCUCCUCUGAAGGAGAUCGAAGUGCCCGAGGAUGAGGAGGAACCUGAGGAGGAAGACAAGGAUGAUGACGAGGAGGAGGACACCAAGGAGGAGAAGGAGGAUCUCUAA